GGUGACGUAGUUUUAGAAAUUUGACAACUGCUUCCGGUGUUUACUCGUAGCCGGCUGAAUAUAUUUCAAUAGUGUUAGUUACAUCGAAGAGAUCCUUAAAAGUCUGUGGCAACUAACAACCUUCUAAGAUGAAGACUUUUCUCGGGAGAUUUAUUCUUUUGCUUCUGUUGGUUUUACCAACGACUGUCAUGAUAUUCGAAAGUGGUGCUAGUGGAAAGUUUGUAGCUCUGGGUGAUGACUCAAUGGAAGGAGAGAUCGAUGGAGAAGAUGAUGAUGAUGAAGGCGUUGUAGAAACUGAUGAUGCGACCGGGGAUGAUGGUGAACAGGCAGUGACAGAGACAGAAAAGCCGGAAAAAGAAGAAGAGGAGGAAGUAGACACUUCAUUAAAACCUUCACAAGAUGUUGAUGCUACAAUUCUGUUCACCAAGCCUGUUAAUACAAAUGACCUUCCAUCAGGAAAGCCGGUGCGGUUUUUAGUGGGCUUCAAGAACAAUGGUGAGAAGGACUUUACUGUGAGCAGCUUGGAAACCUCCUUCAGAUAUCCACAGGACUACUCAUUCUUCAUACAGAAUUUCACAACAGCAGUUUACAACCAGCUUGUGGAACCAAAUAAGGAGGCCACAUUUGAAUAUGGCUUCACACCAAGUGAGGCUUUCAAUUCCAGGCCAUUCGGACUGAGCAUUCUUCUCAACUACAAAGACAAUGAUGGCAAUGAGUACCAGAGUGCAGUAUUCAACGAGACCAUAAACGUUGUGGAGCCUGACGAGGGCCUGGAUGGGGAGACGUUCUUCCUCUACCUCUUCCUAGUCGCCAUUGUCGUCCUCCUGGGUAUAGGGGCUCAGCAACUGCUCACCACCUUUGGAAAAAAGCACUUGGGAAAGGGCAAGGCUGCCCCAAAAGUGGAGAUGGGUACUCAGAAGACAGAUGUGGAUUACAGCUGGUUGCCUCAGGAAACACUCCAGGAAAUCAACAAGUCCCCAAAGGGGUCGCCGAGAGGUGGGUCUCCACGCAAACGAAAAAGCAAGCGUGGUUCCGGAGAGGAGUAGGGUUCACCCGCGAGGAAAUUCAAGAAAAAGUUGAAAGUUUUCCAGCAAUUAGGAUUUACGAGAGUUUCACUGAUAAACAGUACCUGAUUGAGCUUCUCACAAGAAAACAUGUUGUUCUGUUGGCUGUAAAGAUGCUUGUAGAUAUUUAAAGGGUUUUCUUAUAGAUGAUAUUUCUUGUGCCUCUUGGAAACAGACAGACAAAUAACAGACCAACAAUGUGAUCUUAAGUUAUUUGUAACAUGUUAAAAACAAUUAGACCUAUUUAUUUUUCAAUGUUUAUUAUUGGGGUUGGGGGUUGAACUAGAUUAUAUUGAAUGGCUUAAGAUUUUGGGACUAAAUCAUUUUUUUCUAGUCUGACAUUGACAUUAUUUUGUACAUUUUGUGAUACAUUCAAUAUCAUAACCAGAAAGUGUAGACUUUUUAGCAGUAACAUGACGUUAUUGGAGCCAAUGUAUUAUAAAUGAUAUGAAGUAACAAGGUUACAUUCUUUGUAAAGGCAUACGUUGCCAAUUGUAGAUCUAUGUUGGCCAGCUUAUAUUAACUAUGUAUUAUAGAUGUGGGUGAAGGUUUGCUUAUAUGCAAUUGAUGAAAAAGACUUCAAAUCGAACCAUAUCGUGUUGUGUACAUUGAGCCAUGGAAGGAAGUGUACUGUUAUAUGUGAAAACCAUUCCACUCUACCAUUAAUAAAGUGGUUUGCGUUUGUUUUAUAAUUAAUUUAAUUUGUGUAUAUGCAGGAAAUUGAUUGUAUAAAUAUAAGGCAUAAUUGAGGAUUCUAUGAGAAGCUUACAUGGUAACAGCUUUCAUAUAAAAAAUAUGUUGACUAUAUUCAGAAGUGAUUUUAAUCUAUUGAAGGUAGUUGCGAAAGUUUAUUUGUAAGGUGCUCAAUUUGUGUAUGUGUUUAUUGUACUUAGUAAAUAAUAAACAGUAAAUAUGACCAAAGUUCAAAGAAGUAAAGGAGUAUUUUCUUUUACUUGACUGAUAUGCGAGAAUGCGUUUGUACUAUAAUGCAAUUAAAGUGUGAUAAAAUAUUCGACUUAAUAUAUUUUAUUUAAGCAAGGGAGUGCAAUAGAAUUGAGACGAACAGCUGAAUGUGGAGUGCAAAUGUAAUGUUUCAAGGAUUAUGCUGUCACAAACAUAUUAAGUUCCUAUGAAAUGAUAAAUAAAGAUAUGUGAAACUACUAA